AUGGUUGCCAAAUACACAGGGUCUGUGGUUGGCCUCCAGAGGUACCGAAUGGCAUUGGUGGCUUUUGUUGGCUUCACCUUUGUGUACAUCCUGAGAACUGACUUCAGCGUUGCCAUUUUGUGCAUGGUGAAGACGAGCAGUAGGAAUAUGUCUGGCGUUGACAAUGCGUCCUACAAUCACAGCCGAGAUACCACAAGCUGUGGGGAUGAAAACAGCAUGGGCAGAAUUGUAUCCGGUCAGGAACUUCGAGGUGAAUUUGAAUGGGACAAGCAACUUCAGUCAAGAAUGCUAGCGUCAUUUUUCUAUGGGUACAUCGUCACGCAAAUAGCUGGCGGCUGGUUUUCAAGGAGAUACGGAGGGCGACGUGUGAUUGGCUACGGGAUGGCACUGUGCAUAUUAACUACGCUGUUGAUGCCGGUGUGCGCACGUGCGCACGUGGCGCUGGUCUUUGUCUUACGCGUUAUUGCGGGCCUUUCCACUGGUGUGGCAUUUCCCGCCAUGCACUGCCUGUGGGGAAGAUGGGCACCGCCAUUAGAACGUACCAAGUUGACUGCUAUUCACACAGCAGGGCCGCCAAUUGGUAACAUUGUAACAUUUCUGGUGUCUGGGUAUCUCUGUUCUUACGGAUUCGACAACGGCUGGCCGUCCAUUUUCUAUAUAUUCGGGGGCGUAGCAUGCAUCUGGUUAGUUUGCUGGUUUUAUGUUGUUUACGACACACCAGAAGUUCAUCCGCGCAUAUCGGCGAGCGAGAAAGAGUAUAUAGAGGCGUCCAUCGGAGACCGCUAUCUUGAAGAUGAAAAGCGGAUUAAAACACCCUGGGGUGCCAUGAUGAAGUCCCCUGCGUUAUGGGCGAACAUCGUAGCUCACUUUUGUAACAACUGGUCUGGCUACUCCCUCCUUACAGGGCUGCCCAUGUACAUGAGAGAAGUCCUCAACUUCGACAUAAAACGGAACGGAGCCUUGUCCGCAGUACCGUACAUCUGUAUGUUUGUUUCAUCACUGGUUACCGGCUACGUGGCGGACAAUCUGCGUGAGAGAAACGUACUGAGCACAGUGAACACCCGGCGGGUAUUCCAGUGUACAGCCUUUUUUGGCUUGGCGGUGUUUAUGAUAGCCACUGGGUACACUAGGUGUGAAAACCGGAUGUUAGCAGUUGUCUUUCUGUCAUUAGCCACUUCCUUUCAAGCUCUGUGCCGGUCUGGAUAUCUCGUGAAUCAUAUAGACAUCGGCCCAAGGUAUGCCGGAGAGAUGUUAGGAAUUACGAAUACUGCGGCCACUCUGCCGGGAAUGAUAGCUCCGAUUGUUAACGCUGCCCUCACGCCAGAUAAAAGCCAGGCUGAAUGGCAGCGUGUGUUUUUCAUGUGCGGAGGUUUUGCUGUAAUCGGGGGCGUGGUGUUUGGUGUUUUUGUGCGCGGAGAAGUGCAGCCGUGGGCGCGCACUAAUCUGCAGACGGAACAUAACAAGAGCCUCCGCGAGGAUGAAUUCCCAGUCAUCACACGACUGCUUACUGAAGGCUAUGUUCUAGAAGUCUUACCUCCCAACGAGAAUAAGGGCAAUCCACACGAUGUUAAACCCUUGAAGGAAAAUGAAACAUCCGAAGGAAAUGUUGUGUGA